AUGAUGGGGUUACGGAGAUCGGCGACGGGGCUGAGGAUCCUGCGAAGAUCGGCGGGGAAGCGGGCGGCGGCGGUGCGGUGGUCGCUGGUGCAGGCGGGAUGUAGGUGUACGUCCUUGAUGGCGGGGGCGCCGGCGGUGCGACAUCGGCCGCAGGUGUACGUCCUUGAUGGCGGGGGCGCCGGCGGUGCGACAUCGGCCGCAGGUACGGCGGCGGCCGGCGAGGGCGCCGCGGUGACCGAAGAACCCCUCCCGAUACCCGGCACCGGCGCCGGCGCCCCUGCCCGACGGUUGACCCACACGACGUUGUUGGUGAGGGCGAGGCGACCGGUGUCAGCGCGAAGAACGACGGCGGUAGACGUCGAGUGGUUGUUGGCGCCGUGCAGGUAGAGGCACCGCGCGGAUUGGACGUCCGCCUUGGUGGCCCGCUUCUCGCGCAUCAUCCCCUCCUGGAAAAAAGGGACGACGGUGAGAGGCGGCCUCCGGCCGAACAACGCCUCAAAGGGAGACAUCCAGCCCAGGUUGGCCUUCGUCGCGGAGCGGUUGAAGCAGGCGGAUGCCCACAGCGCCGACGCGAGCCACAGGCGAUAUCCGUUGACGCCGAUGUUGAGGAUGAAGGAGGGGUCGACGUGGCCUACGGCGAGGAUGUGGCGGCGCACGGCGUGCCCCCCCAUCAUGGCGCCAUAUGGCGCUCUCGACCACCGCGUUUUGCUUGGGGAUGUCGGGGGCGGUGUACUCGCGCCGAAUGCCAGCAGCGUCGCAGAACGAGGUGAACGCGGAGCCGGAGAACUCGCCGUCGUUGUCCAUGCGGAAACACCCCGGAGUGCCCAUGCCGUUCAUGUCGGCGAGGAACCGCUGCACGAAGUUCAGGGUGUCGCUCUUUGCCCACAUCCCGUACCCCCGUUGCCACCGCGAUGCGCUGUCCACGAACAUGAUCAGGUACCGGGAGCCGUCCAGCGCGUCAGAGAACGGACCCGUGAGGUCGAUGUGGACUUUGCCGAACGGUACCGCCGCGCGGGUGCCACGCCGCGGCACCGGUGCCCGCCUGCCCUUCGCCUCCACGCAGCCCACACACGGCUGCAUCUCCCCCACCAGUCGUACGCCCUGCUGCUUGGCCAUUUCACGCAUCAAGAGUUCGUUUAUAUGGCCGGUGGAGGCAUGGAACAAAUUCACGUCAAAGGUCGGCGUGGAUUUUCCUUCCGAAAAUAGGGAAGCACCG